CACAAUAUGGCAUUCAGCGUGCUGAACACGGUCGCCAAGCGUACGGCCGCGAACGUUUAUGUAACCGGUGGGCUGCUGAAAAAUGUCGCCGCUUUAUAUAAUGCACGCCAACCGUCCCGUGCCGCCGGCAAAUGGUUCCCGGACGAGGAGUUUAUCGAUCAGUUCAAGGGUCCGGUCAUGUACCCGGACGAGGUAACGUCCCGCUGGAAGCUUCCGCCCUGGAACAGCAAGAUCGCACCGGUAGAGAAAACGGUCCGCAAUCUAAGCCUUAACUUUGGACCUCAGCAUCCCGCCGCUCACGGUGUGCUGCGGUUGGUGCUGGAACUGGACGGUGAAACGGUAAUGCGGGCCGAUCCGCACAUCGGUCUGCUGCACCGAGGCACCGAGAAGCUGAUCGAGUACAAAACGUACACCCAGGCCCUGCCGUACUUCGAUCGGCUCGAUUACGUGUCGAUGAUGUGCAACGAGCAGUGCUAUUCCCUGGCGGUCGAGAAGCUGCUGAACAUCGAUAUACCGCUCCGGGCAAAGUACAUCCGGGUGCUGUUUGCGGAAAUUACCCGCAUCCUGAACCACAUCAUGGCGGUCGGCACGCACGCACUGGACGUUGGCGCACUGACACCAUUCUUCUGGCUGUUCGAGGAGCGCGAAAAGAUGAUGGAAUUCUACGAGCGUGUGUCGGGUGCCCGUAUGCACGCCGCCUACAUCCGGCCCGGUGGCGUCUCGCAGGAUCUGCCCCUCGGUCUGCUGGACGAUAUCUACGAGUUUGCGUCCAAAUUCGGCGAACGACUAGACGAGGUGGAGGAUGUCCUAACGACCAACCGUAUCUGGGUCCAGCGAACGGUUGACAUCGGUAUUGUAUCGGCCGAGGACGCACUCAACUACGGCUUCAGCGGUGUCAUGUUGCGCGGUUCCGGCAUCAAGUGGGAUCUUCGCAAGUCGCAACCAUACGAUGCGUACGAUCGGGUAGAGUUCGAUGUACCGAUCGGUACGAAGGGUGACUGCUACGAUCGCUACCUGUGCCGUAUCGAGGAGAUGCGCCAGUCGCUACGCAUCAUCGACCAGUGCCUGAACCAGAUGCCGGCCGGUGAAAUUAAAACGGACGAUGCGAAGCUAACACCACCCUCCCGCGGGGAAAUGAAACACUCGAUGGAAGCGCUUAUUCACCACUUCAAACUGUUCACGCAAGGCUACCAGGUACCGCCUGGUGCGACCUACACCGCAGUGGAAGCACCGAAGGGCGAGUUCGGUCUGUAUCUGGUGUCGGACGGUUCGAGCCGACCGUACCGGUGCAAGAUAAAGGCGCCCGGGUUCGCGCAUCUUGCCGCGCUGGAUAAGAUCGGUCGUCAUCACAUGCUGGCGGAUGUGGUAGCAAUCAUCGGUACGCUGGAUGUUGUGUUCGGGGAGAUCGAUCGCUAA